CAAACAGGGAGGAGAGCAGGAGAGUACAAUAUGAGUGAACAUUUUUUACAUGCUUAAAGGGAGUAGUAACGCAACGGAAGCAGCUCAGGCCUGACUGUUCUCUCCUCGGUCACUGUGCUAUAAAUGAUGAAUUUGUCGCGGCACGACCGGCUUCUUGCUCCAACGCGUCACACGCACAUACGGGUACUUCAGACUAAUUGUGCCUAAUUAGGGGUUCUCUUUUGGCUUUCCGGUAAUGGACCAAGUGAAAUAAAUAGGAAUCGAUUGCGGUAUCUGCUUCUGGAAGAUUAACAAAGAAGAGAGAGAGAGAGAGAGAGAGAGAGAGAGAGAGAGAGAGAGAGAGAGAGAUUAAAAGUCUAUUCCAACCACAGUCCAUGCUUAGAAACGGAUACAGAGAUUCCCUUUUAAGGGAAUACAAAGCGUGUUAGUCAGUGGAGAGGGAAACCACUUUACCUGAACCACAAGUGGACUUUUGUAGCAGUUAUGAGACGGCGACCGGAAUAAAAGAAAAGCACUACAAUGCGUUUUUGGAGGAGCGCUCCGACAUGCCGGGACAAUCCGCAUGGGACGAGUCCUUACGUCUGCAGCACAGGAUAAAAAGCGAGGGAACUCAUGCCGGAUGAAUGUGACACAAACAUCACCGAGAGGAGGAGAAGGAGGGAAAAGAAGAAGCAGAAGAAAAAGGAAAAGCCGCCGGCUUUCUCUCACUUCUCAGUCACUACAGCACAGAAACGCAGCCUAUUAAGACACUGGGCUGUCUGUCUGCCAUGGUGCACUAAACCGGAGACUACCUGCAGAAAGGAAACCUACCAACUCCUGCUUUACCAUAUUAAUCUAUUAACACACCGGGAGGACACCAAACCAGCGUCACAGUCGCAAAACAGGGUAGAAGUUGAAACGCGUCAGCAGCGAGAGAGGCACGCUUCAGCUGCGCUUCAGCAUGAGCGUCCUGCGCGCGCCUGUCAUCACUGCGCUCGCGCUGCUGAUCGUGAGCGGCGGUUACGGCGGACAGAGCGGCUCUGCGUCCGCGCGUUCGACCAGCCUGCUGCAGCUGCUCGCGGCCAGCGGGAGAGAAGCGGCCGACCAUCAAGCAAGCUCUCAGCUUCCCAUCAAGACGGACUACUCCAUAGAGUCGAGGGAAGGGAACGAAGUCAACAAAUCCAAUCAGCAUGACCAGAUCCUGGAUGUCUUUCCUAGAGAUCUGCGGCAGAAAGAAAAGUUCCUAAAACAUUUAACAGGGCCUCUCUAUUUUAGCCCAAAAUGCAGCAAACACUUUUAUAGAUUAUAUCAUAACACCAGGGACUGCACAAUACCAGCCUAUUAUAGAAGAUGUGCACGGCUACUCAGAAGGUUAGCAGAGAGUCAGCGGUGUUCUGAGGGAUAGACCUUGCAGAUUUCAAAAGACUUGAGAAAUAAGGAGGACCAAGAAAAAAAGUGCCUUGGAAAAGAACUUGGGGGGUUGGGGAACGUUGUGGGGACACCUCAGAAACAUUUGUCAUUAUGAAGCAUAAUUUGUCAUCACAUUUUUCAAACUCCUCCAUAAAGUUCUACAUACAGUACCAUGGAAGUCUUAUUGACUGACAAAUCAAUGUUAUCACUGAACUUUCUGAUAACUGGAAUGGUGCAAGUGAAGAUGCUGUUUUACACGUUAGAAAAUAAAUCCCACUGCCAAACUCUAUGGACAGUACAGUGUACUGCAAAUACAUUUAUGGUUACACAAAUGCUGUUGCUGUCCACUGUGUUUUUCAGUAGUUGUGGACAGAGUAUCAUUUAGUUAAACACAGCUUCUAGUCCAAAACUCUUGACCACCUUUGCUACACAAAAUCAAAACCUGUUAAAUCAGUGAUUGAAUUAUGAAUUGUAUCUGUAAGACAUUUCUUUUCGCAGAGAUUAGGGAUGAAAGUUGAUGUAUAUGGAAAAAAAAAUGUCAGCAUUCUCGCUGAAUAUGAAAGUCAUAUAUAAUCUAUUUAUAUAUUCAAGUUAUUUUCAGUUGCUGGUGUCAGACACACACGCAUCCCAGCUUGAGUGCAAUAUGUAUAUAUUGUAAAUAUAAGAAAAUCUAUCUUCAAAUAAAAUUGUUUGUUAUAUAA